CACAGCGCGGCGGCUGGGGCAGCGGCGGACAGGCGGCCGAGCAGGGCGGCGGCGGCGGCUCCGAUCAUCACUCCCUUCAGGUCAGAGAAACCACAGGACUCAAGGGGGACAGAGCCCUGAUUCGGGGAGCCAGGCUUGUCUUGGCCUGAAGGCAGCUCAGCUGGUUCUUUCUAUCGGCCUGGAUUGGUGAAUCUGAAUCACAAGAGCCAUCUCCAGGUUUGCUGGCAUGGGAAACCUGCUCAAAGUCCUUACCAGGGAAAUUGAAAACUAUCCACAUUUUUUUCUGGAUUUUGAAAAUGCCCAGCCCACAGAAGGAGAGAGGGAAGUGUGGAACCAGAUCAGCGCCGUCCUCCAGGACUCCGAGAGCAUCCUCGCAGACCUGCAGGCUUACAAGGGCGCGGGGCCGGAGAUCCGAGAUGCAAUUCAAAAUCCCAAUGACAUCCAGCUUCAAGAAAAAGCUUGGAAUGCAGUGUGCCCUCUGGUCGUGAGGCUAAAGAGAUUUUAUGAGUUUUCCAUAAGGCUAGAAAAAGCUCUCCAGAGUUUACUAGAAUCUCUGACCUGUCCACCCUACACGCCAACCCAGCACCUGGAGCGGGAGCAGGCCCUGGCAAAGGAGUUUGCAGAAAUUCUGCAUUUUACCCUCCGAUUCGAUGAGCUAAAGAUGAGGAACCCAGCUAUUCAGAACGACUUCAGCUACUACAGGAGGACAAUAAGUCGCAACCGCAUUAACAACAUGCACCUAGACAUCGAGAAUGAAGUCAAUAAUGAGAUGGCCAAUCGAAUGUCCCUCUUCUAUGCAGAAGCUACACCAAUGCUGAAAACCCUUAGCAAUGCCACAAUGCACUUUGUCUCCGAAAACAAAACCCUGCCAAUAGAGAACACCACAGACUGCCUCAGUACGAUGACAAGUGUCUGUAAAGUCAUGCUGGAAACACCGGAGUACAGGAGCAGGUUUACGAGCGAGGAAACGCUGAUGUUCUGCAUGAGGGUCAUGGUGGGGGUCAUCAUCCUCUAUGACCAUGUGCACCCCGUGGGCGCUUUCUGCAAGACAUCCAAGAUCGAUAUGAAAGGCUGCAUAAAGGUUUUGAAGGAACAGGCCCCGGACAGUGUGGAGGGGCUGCUGAACGCCCUCAGGUUCACUACAAAGCACUUGAAUGAUGAAUCGACUUCCAAACAGAUUCGAGCAAUGCUUCAGUAAAGCUCUGCUCCAAGAAGAGGAUCUAUGUACUGACCUCAGAAGAUGUAUAUGUUUACAUAAUUUAAUACAGAUUGAUGUUAAUACUUGUGUAUUUACAUAACCGUUUCCUUCUUGUCACUGAAAUAUAUGGACCUUAAUUUGUAUCCUGACUGACUCAACCCAGCAGAGCAUAAAUUGACUUGAGAGCCUUACCUUUGAUGUCUAAAACAAAACCCCUCCUCCAAGGGCAAAAUGUGGAGACUUUGAACUUUGCCACUGGAGUCCUGUAACUAGACCUGUAACAAUCAGAAAUUGCUAAUAGUUUGUGGUAGUGUUUAAAUUCUAGAUGUGUAAGCUCUCUGGGAAGCAUAGUUGUAGAAACAUAAAGUAUUUGAUUUCCUGUGUCGGCUCAGCUACAAGAAACAUGACUGGUAUCCUGACAGAGGGAGAGAGGAAUUCAGAAAAAGAAAAAUGCAUGCAGAGAUUCCAGCCCAAGCAUUUGGAAUUUGGCACGCCCCCCUCUCUUUCCCGAGACUGCAAACCACACGUGCAGCCUUUCUGCCUGCACGUGUUUUGUUCAUCCACAUAUUCCCUUUCUGUCUGGAUUUAGAUCCCUCUGAAGUUCCCUUUCAGUUUUGCAAGAGGAAAGCCACCUGUAUUGGAAUCAGUUAGCAGGAGAGAAGCAAGAAUAGAUAGGCAUGCAGUUCUAGUGGGCUGAUGAAGGUGGUUGCCUUGGAAGUGGGGGGACGGGUUGGAAGGAAGUGUACUCCAACAAUAGGACAGUCAUCUCUCUGCUUCAGCCCUCUGUCCACAAGGACGAGGAAAUGGAGCUCUGUUUUUGAAAUGCUGGGUAAGUUUGUGGGCAUCCCAGCUGUUCGCAUAGCCCUGGGCACACAGCCCCUCCUAAUAGGAGCUUUGUUCUCUGUGGACCAUUCACAUGACAACAGAGGUCUGGGGUACUUCAUUAGUCACCAAAAAACCAGGGGAAUAUGGAGGGGAAACGAUCAGUGUUUUCUGGUUAUUUGAUCUUCAAAACACAACUCCUCCCUGAGCCCAUAGCUAGCAUGUUGCAAUGUGUAAAGCCUGGUCAGAGUUUCUGGGUUUAGCCCUACUGAUUCCCAGUGUGGUCUUGGGAUGUCACUUAAGCUCUUUGUCUCACCUUCCUCUUCUAUAAAAUGGACAUUGGAAACAGACAAUUCCAAGAGCCCUCUAAGGCUAUGAGUCAUUAAAAUGACCUACUCCUACAUCCUUCUUUUGCAAGUAGAAUCCCACCUUCUCCUGAUGAUUGACGAUAUGACCAGGCCUAGAGUCACUCUCUCUGAAGAUCAGAGCUUAGAAUGAAAUUGUGGAAAUCUAAUCUCCAGUGGAAAAAAUGAGACUGAGGGCAAAGUCGAUCAGAGACCCCCUGCUCCAGUGUAGGACCAGAGCCCAGGAUGCCCCACCCCUAAUUCCACGCUUUCUCUUUCACCACGUGGCCUAUGCAUAUCUACUAUGGGAAGAGACUGGAUGCUUUAAAAUAGUCCUCAGCCUGGCCGGCAUCAUUACUUACCUAUUUCUGAUAGAUAGGAAGACUUACCCAGUGAAUGAUCAUUCCAGCAGUCAGAUCUGGGUACAUUCGAGCUCAGCAUCAUUCACAAAUGUCCCAAGAAAUGAGUUGUCAUCUCAUUGCUUUCUAAAUUUAGUGGCCAGCUGGCAUUCCCUUGAGUCCUCCAAGAAAAGGGGAGACAUGUGUUUGUUUUGUCUUAUUUAUAACAAAGAAAUUCAGCCAAGUGGAAGAACAGACUCUGGUCUCUAUCUAAAUGUCAGUCAACAGAGAAAGGAAAGGCCCUUGUCCCUAAAACUUUUCAAACUGAACCAGUACAGCUGCUCAGAUGUGAUGUUCUCCAGAAAAGAAACGUGCUGGGUGGCCUUCAGGACCUUCUAAAGCCUAAGGGCUCUAAAAUCCCAGAGGGAGCCAGAACAUGGGGUAACAGCGGGUGAACAAAUUUGUUAUCGAAAUAAAUAUCCAGCUUAAGAAAAGUUCUUAUAUCCGGCAGCCACAUGUUAUCCUUGGGUGACAACUAUCAAGAUUAGAAAUAUAGAGGCACUGAAUGUUUAUCAUCAUUGGGUCCAUUUUCCUCCUUUAUCAGGAAAGGUGAUUAAGUCUUGGAAAGAGGAAUGGACUUGCAGAGUAAAUAGUUGAGCACGUUUAUAAUUUUUCAUUAGACUUUCUACCAGUUGGGACCAAAUAUAUGGGAGGGGCUGCUGGCCUGCCCCAACUGAGCCAGGUCAUCUUGUCUCAAAGCCAGGAGGCAGUCACCGGUAUAUAGAUUCUCAAAAGCCUAGGGUCUGAACUGUUGCCUCUGAAUAGCAGGACAGGUUAACUGAGUGUCUGUGAUCACUAACAGGUGGUGGGCCUUGGGUCCACUCCAGAGCUACUGUGGGAGACAAAUUCUUUUAACGGACUGUCCUGCAGGCAUCAGGGGUCCUUGAACAAUCAUGUUUCUGUGCUGCAUGCACAUACGUCCAAGACCCAUGGGUGUUUAGGGGAAAGUGCUAGUGACAGUAUCCAUGUCAGUGUCAAUGAUAUUUCAUAUUUGAUGUCUCACUGUUUGCAAAUAAACAGCGUUUUCCAUUACUCAUCUAUUUAUUUCAGGGGCAAGCAACAAAAUGAAAAUUACAUUUCUUAGAACCACUGCUGUUUUCGCAUUAUAGCUUUGUUCUCAGAAACCUUUCAUGUGCCACAAGGAAUCGAUAGUAAAAGAGAAAAAAAGUGGCAAUAAAUGUUUGAAUUGUGGUGACCCAUUCAGGCUGACAUAUUCAUUAACAACCAGAAAGAAAGUUUUGGGUCUUUUAACUAUUAGUUAAUAUCAUGCCCUAUCAAAGUUUGUUCUUAGACAUCACCAUUAUAUCAAGAUAUUAAUGGUAAACUGAAAUUUUUGAUACAUCAUCACAUUUAAGUAAAAAUAAUUCCGUGCUUCCUCAAAAGGAAAAUAAAACCUACUCAAUUUUGGGAUCCAAUUGUCUAGUAGAAUUUAGAGACUUCUCAUUCAAUCUUGUAUUCUAGACAGCUGUGAGUUUUUCUAGAUAUUAAUAAUAAAUAUUCAAAUUUUAUCUUAAGGAAACAAAUACUUUGAAGCUCAAUUUCCCCACUACAUCUAUAAAGGCUGUUGUAUACACAAAGCUCUUUUAAAGUUGUCAUGUAUUGUUUGCUAAAGUCAUUGUAAUUUUUUUGGCCUGCUUUGCCUCUUUUUGUACAGAAGUUUUGGGUGUGAAAUGAAAAUUAAAGUUUGGUACAUAUAUUUAAAAAUGCACCUUUAUUUUACAUGAUGUU